CUGGAGGAGGCGCUCAUUCUGCCAGGCUCAGCUCUUCUGGAAAGAAAUGUGCAGUUAAUUAUCAUAUGUAUAAGUGAGUUUCAGGAAGGGGGCUGUACAAGCGAAACCCCACCAGAGCCAGGAGCAAGGCAGUGACUUCAGGGGGUGGAAAUCAGACUCUGGAAUAAAAGUGCUGGGGGGGACAGCAGCUGAGCAGGAGGAACACAGCCACUCACAGCAGCAAGCAAGCCAGCCUGGUAUCCCUCUGCAGCCAGCAGCCCUUCUCCAUCCACACCCAGCCUGUGCAGGACACUAGCACCCCCAGCCUGUGCAGGACACUAGCACCCCUCAGCCUGUGCAGGACACUAGCACCCCACCAGCCUGGACACUUCCUAAGGACUGUGUGCAUUGUGCAGCGCUGCAUCUGACCUCCAGGACUUUGCUCUGUGGGAUUGUCAGCAGAGGACGGUCCCUGCGCUGUCACUGACUGGGGGCAAAACUGGGCAGCCUGGAUCUAAAGAGAAUUGUCUCCAACUGCUCCACCAGCAUGCAGAACUACAAGUACGACAAGGCGAUGGCCCCUGAGAGCAGGAACGGGGGCAGCACCACUUUAAACAACAACAAUGGCCCCGGGAACUGCAAGAGGAUUCUCCUAAUCUUCCUGGAUCUAUUCUGCCUGGUAGUAGCUAUCGCACCAGCAGUCGUGAUGAAUUGUACAUCUCUUAUCUUGCCCUACCAGCGGGGCUUUUUCUGCAGUGAUGAAAGCAUCAGAUAUGAGUAUCAGAAAAGCACUAUAUCUAUUCCACUGCUUCUAACAUUGGGGGUGUUGGUGACGCUGGUCUCUAUCAUACUAGGUGAAUUCUUCCGGAUCUAUUACUUGAAAGCGAAGUCUCAUUCGUUCAUCCGAAACCCCUACGUCUCCGCCCUAUACAAGCAGGUGGGAUGCUUCCUAUUUGGCUGCGCCAUAAGCCAAUCCUUCACGGAUAUUGCCAAGGUCUCCAUUGGCCGCCUGCGACCCCAUUUCCUGGACAUCUGCGAUCCAGAUUUCACGCGCCUCAACUGCACUGUUGGAAACUAUAUAGAGGAAUAUACGUGUAGAGGACCGCCAAGCAAAGUGACCGAAGCAAGAAAGUCAUUUUUCUCCGGACACGCCUCCUUCUCCAUGUAUACUAUGCUCUACUUGGUGUUUUACCUGCAGUCCAGAUUUACGUGGAGAGGGGCCCGCCUCCUGCGCCCACUCCUGCAGUUCACCCUCCUCAUGAUGGCCUUCUACACAGGGUUGUCCAGAGUUUCGGACCACAAGCAUCACCCCACCGACGUGCUGGCAGGCUUCGCUCAGGGGGCCUUGGUGGCGUACUGCAUAGUGUUUUUCGUAUCGGACCUUUUUAAGACCCCAAAAAAGAGCUGCCCCCCACCAGUGGUCAAGAAGGAAUCUUUGUCACCUGUGGAUAUUAUCGACAGAAACAUUGUAUAAACGCCACAAGCAGAUUGCGGAAUAACUUCUGACAGUGAACCCAGUGACCUGCUGCUUUCAAAUCUCAUCAGACAAUAGAAUGUAGGGAAAAACUUGUGUUACCCAACCAAAAGACAAUAACAGGAAAAAAAAACAACAACGAUAAAAAAAACAACUGUCUGCUAUGAGGCCUUUCAAUUGCAACGUUGCAUAAUGCGGGGGGUGUUCAACUAACUGAAAGCCAAGCGAUGACGAAACGUGGAGUUGGAAUUCCAGAUGUACAAUUGGUCUUUAUUUGUUCAUGUUUUAAUGAACAACACAUUGUUCAUAAAUUUCUGAACUCUAAAACUUUUUUUUUUUCAGCAACAAAAAGGGAGUCAUCUUUGAAACUAGCUAUUAAAGCCUCGUAGUGAUGUUGGCAAUUAAUGAUAGCACUAUAUAUUAGGAAGAAAACAAAAGCACUGACUGUAAUUAGGGAGCUGCUCCCAGGAGUCAUGUUGUGAAGGUUAUAUCUGUGUGAAUAAGGAUUGACAAAACCAGAGGCAUCUUUCUGUGCAAAUGAAUAUAUAUAUAAAUAUAAUAUGUGUAAUUUACCAAUAAUUUGUUAACCUGAGUCAGGAAUUCCCACUAAGGACAACAAAGUCAACACCCUUUUUCUUGAGGCAACCAGAAAGCAGCAAUAGUGAAAACCCGGAGCUGCCCAACACGGUCUUGAGUUCGUUGAAAUGUUUCUUCUGUGGCCAGAAGUCUGUCUUGCUCGAGACUUUUGAAGCACUAUAAACUUUGGGGUUGAUACCCAUUGAACAUUAAAUCAGCCAUUUCGAUAAGUACCGCUGGACGGUAAACUCAUAAAAUCAAUUGUAGUCUGUCCAACCUCGUCUGUGUUAAGUAAGGAAGCCAACGCAUUUCACAUACUCAACAUCAACAGUCUACAAUAUCAAGUUUGCAAAUUUCUGAAAGUUUAAGAAUGAAUCUUAGGCACGUAUAAAACCUUUUGAAAGGGCUACACCUAAAAGGACUAUAUUCAUCGUAUAAAAUUAACCAUUUGCACAUCCAUAUUACCAGAGAAUCCGUCCUAUCAUUUCAACUAUAGCAAGCUAUGAUUUUUUUUUUAUAUAUGAUAUAUUAUAUAAAUAAUGUAUAAAACAUUAAAAAUUAACUAUGUAAAAUAUUAUUUCUGAAAAACAAAACAAUUUUAGAUAUAUCCACUAUGAUGAUUAAAUGUGUCUUGACCUGUGUUAUUUUUGCUGCUUAAAAUAAAAGCAACAGUUUUAAUUUUUGUAUAGUCAACUAAAAUAUUUGUAGAUCUGUGGUAGUAAUUUCACUAUUAAAGGACAAAAAAUAAAACUACAACUAGAGACUUGUAUAAAAUGAAAUAAAUUGUCAGUAUUUUUAUAAUGUUUCAUAUUGUAAAGAGGAAAAAAAACACAAAAAAAAAGAAUAUUCAGAUACUUUUUGUAGAAUACAAAAUCGAGCGUUUGUUUUUUGCAGAAAUUGCUGUACAAAGAUGCUUUUUAAAUAAAAGCUCAUAAUGUUUAA